CUUCACAUGAUCCAUGAACUUUUUUGGGGGGGUGGGGGAGAAGACCUGCUUUCUAUUAUAUCAAUGUGCAGAUAACUAUAGGAUAAAACUCUACAUUCAGUCUCAAUACAUCUUGUAUCAUCUUGUUAAGGUUAAACUACAAACGACUAUAAGAAGAUAAUCCUAGUACUUAGCAACCACAAGGUAUAUUCCCAGGAAGUGAAUCAGAUCCUAAAUAUCCCAAAUCAUUUCACUUCGUUCUGUUAAACUGAGCAACUAUUACAUCCGUAUGCUACUGACGUCACCAGACCCCGAGCGCGAGGUAAUUUCUCUUCCAGGAGGAUGCCGAAGCUGGCCAACAGGAUGAACAGAGAGAAUGUCUUUCGUUGAAAAAUUUCCAGUGAAGGUGCCCAGCGGUGGGGAUGACAACAUACUUUUCCGUUUUUGUGUUGGUAUAAAGCGUUGGACGCACCGGUCUGUGCAUCAGUCAGCCUUCAACACUCAUCGUACUGUACUACAGCAAGCUCGCCUCCCCAUACACCUCAUUUAUCAAGUCACUAUGGCCGUCAACGCUCUCGCCCCCGUCAUGUACCAGCUGCAGGAAAGUCUCCGUAGUGUUGACCUCGCACAUUGGGUCAGCCAGCUGGACUUUAAGACGGUGGGUCUCCUGGCGGUGGUGGUGGUGGGUGUGGUCUUCCUGGUGAACCUGUUUACCAAGUCCUACUCUCCCUAUGGCAGGAGUCUCUUGUCCUCCGCUGCUCACGCCUGGGACAACAGGGAUCAGCUGGGACUCACUGAUGUCCUUAGUGGAAGCCGGUCGCUGGAACCUUUGUCUAAUGUCCUGGACGCCCUGGCUGACGCGGUGAUGAAGUGGGAAGAGCCUGAAGUCAGCACUAUCAGGAAUCGUGUUCCUUUAAGGUUUAGCUAAAGUCUUCGCCACCUUAAUGAUGGCGAUGAAGGAAAAAGAGGAAUUGGAGGACGACAGUGUCAGUCGCCGUGAACCAUGAAGCUGGGUUAUUCAGAGUACAAACACCAGAGAACACAGCCUACAGCAGGGGGGCUCUGAGGCAUAAGCCGUUGUUAAGUCGUGAAUCACGGCCUCACUCCAACCUUUAGUUAAUAACGCUCACAUUGUUAAGUUUUUGUUAAUAAUUUAUUGAAUAAAAUAUUUUUAUUAUA